GUGAGAAGACAGAAAUGCAGAGGCACUAUGUGAUGUAUUAUGAAAUGUCGUAUGGAUUAAACAUUGAAAUGCACAAGCAGAAAUGUUUUCUGCUCAACUAGUGAGCUGAGAUGUUGGACGAUUCUGAACAUCUCCAGGAGUGCUUUUGGAAUAAGGUGAUCAGUGCGUGCCUCUGGAAAUGAAGACAGAAAUCGCCAAGAGAUUGAAUACAAUUUGUGCACAAGUCAUCCCAUUUUUGUCUCAGGAACAUCAGCAGCAAGUGGCUCAAGCUGUAGAACGUGCCAAACAAGUGACCAUGGCUGAACUGAAUGCCAUCAUCGGGGUACGUGGCCUUCCAGGUCUACCUCCUACACAGCAACAGUUGCAGGCUCAACAUCUCUCCCACGGCCAUGGGCCUCCAGUGCCUCUAACACCACAUCCAUCAGGACUUCAGCCUUCAGGAAUCCCUCCACUUGGAAGCAGUGCUGGCCUCCUUGCCCUUUCUAGUGCUUUGGGUGGUCAAUCUCACUUGGCAAUAAAAGAUGACAAGAAGCAUCACGAUGCAGAGCACCACAGAGCAGACAGAGAGCCAAGCACAAGUAAUUCUCUGUUGGUGCCAGACAGUCUGCGAAGCACAGAUAAACGCAGGAAUGGCCCUGAAUAUUCCAAUGACAUCAAAAAGAGAAAGGUGGAUGAUAAGGAUUCCAGCCACUAUGACAGUGAUGGGGACAAGAGUGAUGAUAACUUGGUUGUAGAUGUAUCCAAUGAGGAUCCUUCAUCUCCACGGGCAAGUCCUACUCAUUCACCACGUGAAAAUGGCAUAGAUAAAAGCCGCUUGCUGAAGAAAGAUGCCUCUAGCAGUCCAGCAUCUACAGCCUCUUCAGGAAGUUCCACUUCUCUCAAAUCCAAAGAAAUGAGUUUGCAUGAAAAAGCCAGCACGCCUGUUCUGAAAUCCAGCACACCGACUCCUCGAAAUGAUGUGCCAACUCCAGGCACUAGUGCAACUCCAGGACUUCGUCCUUGUCUUGGCAAGCCUCCAGCAAUGGACCCUCUGGUUAACCAGGCUGCUGCAGGUUUGCGCACACCUUUGGCUGUACAAGGGCCGUAUCCUGCUCCAUUUGGAAUGGUGCCUCAUGCUGGCAUGAAUGGAGAACUAACCAGUCCAGGGGCAGCAUAUGCCAGCCUGCACAACAUGUCACCCCAGAUGAGUGCUGCUGCUGCAGCAGCUGCUGUGGUUGCAUAUGGAAGAUCUCCUAUGGUUGGGUUUGAUCCUCCUCCUCACAUAAGAGUACCUGGAAUCCCUCCAAAUCUUGCAGGAAUUCCUGGGGGAAAACCAGCCUACUCCUUUCAUGUUACUGCAGAUGGCCAGAUGCAGCCUGUUCCUUUCCCUCCCGAUGCCCUCAUUGGUCCAGGAAUCCCUCGCCAUGCCCGUCAGAUCAACACUCUGAACCAUGGGGAAGUUGUGUGUGCAGUUACCAUCAGCAACCCCACGAGACAUGUGUACACGGGUGGCAAGGGGUGUGUCAAAGUCUGGGAUAUCAGCCAGCCCGGGAACAAGAGCCCCGUCUCACAGCUCGACUGCCUGAACAGAGAUAACUACAUCCGCUCUUGUAAAUUACUGCCUGAUGGAUGCACCCUAAUAGUUGGCGGGGAAGCCAGCACAUUAUCCAUAUGGGACCUGGCAGCGCCAACUCCUCGUAUAAAAGCAGAGCUUACAUCCUCAGCUCCUGCCUGCUAUGCUUUGGCUAUCAGCCCUGACUCCAAGGUGUGCUUUUCCUGCUGCAGUGAUGGGAACAUUGCAGUGUGGGAUCUGCACAAUCAGACAUUGGUCAGGCAAUUCCAGGGCCACACAGAUGGGGCCAGCUGUAUUGACAUUUCUAAUGAUGGUACCAAACUCUGGACAGGAGGUUUGGAUAACACUGUCAGAUCCUGGGACUUGAGAGAAGGGAGACAGCUACAACAGCAUGACUUUACAUCACAGAUAUUUUCCCUUGGUUAUUGCCCUACCGGUGAAUGGCUAGCUGUGGGAAUGGAGAGCAGCAAUGUGGAAGUGCUACAUGUAAAUAAACCAGACAAAUAUCAGCUGCACCUUCAUGAGAGCUGUGUAUUGUCACUCAAAUUUGCUUACUGUGGUAAAUGGUUUGUGAGUACAGGGAAGGAUAACCUUCUUAAUGCAUGGAGAACUCCUUAUGGAGCCAGUAUAUUCCAGUCCAAAGAAUCUUCAUCAGUGCUUAGCUGUGACAUCUCUGUGGAUGAUAAAUACAUAGUCACUGGCUCUGGAGACAAAAAAGCUACAGUCUAUGAAGUUAUCUACUGAAAAUAUGAUGGGGAUAUAACUUUUAGAAGUUGAACUGGGCCAAAAUUGUUCUUAAUUGUAGAAUUAGAAAGGUUUUGCCUUUUAAAAAAGAAUUAAAGUAUUGAGGUUCCAGACCUUGCGAUGAAACUACUUCGGUUUUUCAAAAUAGAAGGCAACAUCCAGCAACUUAAGUAUUGGCUGUGUGGAUCAAACAGAACACAGAAGCAAGAUGGACAGAUGUAGCCUAGGUUUUUGACAUAGUUUUAAAAGCCAAGCCUGCUAAAGAAUGUUGAAGCCUUUUUAUUUUUUCUCUUUCUUUAUGACCUCAUGCAAUUGUUCUCAUUGCCUGAAUAUGGGGAUAACCUUUUUGUUCCUUGCAAUUCAAUUUGCAUCCUGUCCUGUGUAGAGCAGUGGUGUCUUAGAUGAACUUGUUUCCUGGUUUUGCAUCUUGUGAUAUGUUUUCGUAUUUUUGUUGAAGGUCAAACAUUUGUAUAAAUUGUAUAUAUAUUUAGUUUAUUACAGUAAAGGCUUUAGUAUGAACAACCACUCUUCUUCUCCCCUUCCUCUUCCCACUCUUCUUCCCUCCCGCUCCUCACCCCUGCUUAUUUAAAAAACCUUUUGGGGAUAUAAGUACCUUUUUAGAAGCAAAAGCAAACACUAUGUAUAGUUUGAAAACUGUGUCUUAUUCUUUAUAACUAGAUUCCUUUAUCAUACUUCAAAGUAAUUGUUUUGGCGUAUUAGGGUAUCAAAUCCAGUAGAUACUGUCUUGUGCUGCAGGAAAACUAAAAGGCAAUUUUGUACUAAUUAUAGUGUAAAUAUAAAAAUUGAACAUUUCAUAAAGUUGUGCGGUUUAUUUUAAGUUUAUUGUGAUGUCCCAUGUAUAUGUUCUUUGGCAGAUGCAUUAAUAUGUGCCUGAUCAUAAUUCUUUUGGUUAUCUCUAGAAUAGAGAUGAGUUUCUUCUCCUUUCUCCUUCAGCUGAACAGAAUUCAUGAAGGACUGCAUUUCAAUUAAGUACAUCAGAGGCUUUAUUCAUUUAACUGAAGGUGUCUAUGAUUAAACAAAACUAGAGAAGUUGUCCUUCAUAUUUUACAGGUUAAAAUAAUCAUUUCCUUUUUUUUUAAUGGCUUGUUUAUAUGUAGAUACUCAGGUAAAUAUUAAAAAAUUACCAAAGUGUGGGUUUUACAAGCAGAUCACUUAAAUGAUGUUAAAUACUUGCAGAGCUGCAAGUAAAGUGAAUUAACGUAAACUAAGUUAAACUUGCUUCUUAAUUUCUUGUGACCACAUUGACAAAUGAUUUUUUUUUUAAUUUUUAACUAAUCUACUGUAUAAAUAAAUUAGAAUUAAUUUUCUACUGCCCAACAUUAGACAGGCCUAUACUCUGUAUUCCUAUUGAGCAGUCUUUGAGUCCCUUCCACUGUUGCAUGUGUAUGACAUCUCUGAAGAGCUAUGCUGAGCAGCCAGUUACCAAAGUCAUACAUCUUCAAAUCAAGUUUUCUCAAUGUUCUCAAGACAAAUGGAUGAGGAGAGAAUGUGUACAUUUUAUUCUAGUAAUGUUUUUUCAAAUUAGUGGCUCUACUACUGUGUGCCGGACAAACCUAGUUAUUGCGCCACUGAGAACCAUAUGUUUCCUGUGUUCUGUAAUUUAAUUAGAAUUUGUGUUGCUAAUGGAGAGUACAGAUAAACAGAAAGAUAUCUUUAAGUAAUGCUUAAAAUUGCACAAACUGAGAGAGGUUAAGACUCAUCUUUGAAUAGCUGCUUUCUCAAUUCGCUAGCAUUUGACAGUGACUUAUAUCUCUGCUCUUUCAAAGACUUAUAACCAGGAAGAAACAAGUUUGACUGACAGAUGCAUCAUCUGGAUAUGGAAUUUCUCAUUUUGGGUCAAAUUUUUUCUCCAAUUUCCAGUCUGAAGAGACAUCAGUUUUCUUUUCAAUUUGCACGACCAUUCUACUGAAACCAUUUUAUAGCAUCUAGCAUUACAGUAGCAUUAGAAUAUUAACUUAGAGUUCGGAAUGUGAAAUGUUAACCAUUCAAGAUAAUCUAGUUUCCUAGACAUACAAAAUCACUAUUCUAUCAACUGGUAUCUAUGUAGUUGUCUAUUGCUAUUCUGUAUAUAUGAGUAGAAAAAUUAUAGACCAGAUUUAGGUGAUGAUGAUGUGCCUUUCACACAUAGUGAGGCAAAAACAGAAUCAGAAGGCUUUAAAAAAAAAAAAAUUUGUAUUGCUACAUUGAAAUACUGUGAAUUGUUAUGCUAUUCUAAAAUGGGAAGGCUUAUUA